GAGCAAUCUAUUAGCAGUAUUUGUGACACAAUCCUCCAUUACAUUUAAGACCUUCUGAAGCUUAUCUUGGCUACAUUCCCUAAUUCACUGCCAGUACUGAAAAUCUAUAGUUCAUGUAACGUAUACUAUAGCAUUUCAAUGCUGUCAGUGAAUUACAGAACGCAGCCCUUGAGACACUUCGUAGCCAAUGAAAUAAUCCGUGCAACAUUUGAUUAGAUAGUUCAAGCAGUGCAAUUCCAAACAACAGACCUCAUGACUUCCCACCGAAAAGAAACGUGCGGUUCAAGGAUCCGAUAUUUAUCAAAGGUUUACAACGGAAUUGACACAAUAUUCGGACUGUACCAGUAGUACUUGGUUGUUGUCUUCCGUCUUCACACAAUUAUCGCCAUAGAAAUUAUCUAAUUUUAUGAAUUACUUGCUGGUAAACUCCUCGAUAAGAUGUAUUACGUCGUAUUUUGGGACGAAUACUGCCAAGUCGUUCCCGAUUCUUGGGUAAACUUUAAUGCAAAAACAUUUACGUUUCCAUUGUCUAAAAAAAAUAUUACCAAUACAAUAAAGAAGAAGAUAAGUCCUGGAAAUGAUUGGAACAUCAGUCAUUUUCAUAAAAUUUUAGGACCUUACAAUACAUUUGAUAAGGCUCGGGAAGCAGAAAAAUCUUGUAUUGAUAUAUCCACUUCGGAUGAUAUUCAAUUUGCUUCUUUAAAUGAACCAAUCCAAACAUUGCCUCUGAAACGUUUGAUAACGAAAAAAAAAUUUUAUGACGAUGAAUCGAAUAAUUACGUGAAUAAUUGUAAUAUUUCCAAGAAAUAUAAAUCAAAUCAACAUCCCCCAUCAAAUUAUAAAAUACACGAAGGGAUUGGAGCUACAUCUACAAAUGUUGAACUUGAGAAAAAUUCAUUACAUUUUAGAUCAGUGAGUUCGGAAUAUAACGUGCAGAAGCGGGAGGAAGAUAAAAUUUUAUCCGUCAAAAAUAAUCCAUCUAAUUGCAAUGUCCCUUCACCUUUAAAUGAACACCAAUUUUCAAUUCAAGUUUUUCAUGAGGAUGAGCAAGAUGAUGAAGAGAUGACGGAUGAUACUAAUUCUCGUGAUUAUGAUCGGAACAUCGAUAAUAAGGAAAAUGAGAUAAUUGGUAAUGCGAUGAAGGCUCUCCCAAUUACAGAAAUGAAUGUAGACGAGGAUAUACAUGUAAUUAUAAGUUCUUUAUAUGAAAAAGUAGAUACUUUACAUCAAGACUUUCAACAAUUCAAAACAGAGAUAAAACACGAAGCAGCUAAAAAUAACACAAAAUUGAAAGAAAUAGUUGCUAUUUUAAGAGAAAGUUUCCAAAGAAAUGAAGAAAAUGAAGCAAUAACUAUGGAUUUAAUGCCUGAAUUUCCAAUGACAUCCGUCGAGGAAUACGUACAAUUUAAUGAAACAUUGAAAAAUGAUGAAGCAAUUCGUAAAUGUUUUGAAAAGAAAAUAAAGUGUAUUGGUGGUGACUCUACACAAAAAAUGAUCUCCAAUAUACUCACAUAUUGCAUAACAUUUGAUGUAGGACACAAGUUGACUUGGACUGGUGCAAAAAAUACUAUCGCAAUCGAAAAUACAACUUUUGCAAACAUUAUAGUUAGUACUGUCAAUCGUACAAAAGGAAAUGGACCUGACUGUACCAUUGCAUUGAUUGUCAAGCAUGUAAAAAACUGGCUGCAACAUGCAGGUGAUAAAAUGAGAUAUCGAAACAAAAAAGUGCAACAAUAAAUUACUCUGUAAUUAGUAUACAGAGUGCCCGAUAAUUCCGCUAAAAACCGCGAUAUGAAAAUAGAUUAAGUGAAACUGAAAAAACAAUUCCUCUAUGAUUUUGCGAAGAACGACGUAAAAUUGUGUUAUUAAUUAAAGAAAUUAGCUAAUGAUCAAUUAAUUAAUAAUUCUAUAUUUUAUGUGGUUCUUCGCAAAAUGAUAUAGGAAUUUUUUCUUCAGUUUCACCUAAUCUACCUGUACAUCGUGUUUCUAAAGCGAGUUACCGCACAGCCUGUAUACUUAAUAAUAAGAAAUUAAUUAAUUAUAUCUUGCAUGGGCGUUGCCAGGAGGAGGCAGAGGAAGACGGUCCCCUAAACGUAGAAAAAAAUUUAUUUUUUUAUACGAAGGCGCUGAAGUUUUUUUUUUAUUUUUUACCGGCAAUAAAGUGAUAAAAUUUAUAUAAUUUUUUUGCAUUGAAUGCUUAAAUUGAAAGAGGUGGCUUGUGUAUGGUCUGCCUGAAAAAAAAUUCUGGCUACGCCCAUAUCUUAACAAGCAAGUAACGUUUUAACGCAAACAAUGUUGUUACGUUAUAUAAUUUAUAUGAAAACAUAUUUUAUUAUAAAAC